UGUGUUUAGUUGGAUGAAACUCGCCAUUCCCGAAUAGAUGCUCGGUAAUUUUCUUUUCCUGCACACCUGUUUUGACACGAGGCCAUUCAUCACCCUCGCCCGCUGCCAUUCCUCUCAAGCAAAAGCUGUAAUGAGCCAAUGCAGGCCACAUCUAAUGUUGAUGUAGGGAGCUGUCUCAUUCCAUCAGCUCAACGCGCGUAUUUAGCCGCUCCGCACAAUAUUCAAUUAAUUCAGUCGCCGCUGUUUAAUGUCUCGCUUGCUCCGACCUCAUUUUGUCAUCAUCACAAUCGUAUUGGCAUUUUGCACAUGUGUCAGAAAAUAACCUUUAGCCACGGUCAGUUAUCCUUCAAAGUUUGCCAGUCACCCUGUCGGCAAAGGGAAACUCGAGCAUGUUGCUCUUUGGAUUAUGCAUUUUCAUAUCAGACACAAUUAAUUCUACAAGCUUUUUUUUUAACUCCCUUUCUAUUUUUUGCUCGAGACAAAACGAGCCAAGUCAAUUAAGGUGACGCUUAGCGUCAUUCCGCCUGCUCUGCGAUUAAAGGACCCUAAUAAUACCCGUUCUCGCAGCUGAACUAACAUUCCCUUUUAUUUAGCUGCAUGAAGCAGUUGCGAAUGAAAUGAGGUUUAAUAGGGUCAUUCUCCGUGAGGGGCCCCCUUUGGAAAUGGGAAUGGAGCAAACCACUUUCUAUUAUCACCGUUUGAUAAACUCCACGGUCUCAAAGGAGAUAUUCUCUCCUCUCCCCUGAGAUAGCCUUGCCCCCCGCCCCACCCCCUAGCUCCGCCCCUGCUGAGUAUCACAACCAAAAAGUCUAAAUUCUGAACCUGCAUGCGCGCUCAACCUUUGGUAUUUUUUUAACAGGAGCGCUGAUGUCAUCAAUCUCAUUAAUGACAUCCCAAUCCAAGCACAUCUGUUGUGCAAAUGAGUUUGGUUUCCUUCUAAAUGCGCCUUCCGCUAUUCCUUUUUUGCCAUGUAGCAUGCUUGCCAUCUUGCAAAGAAUAACACUAAUAAAUCCUUCCCAUUGUUUUCAAGUAAUCCCGGGAAGGAAAGACAUUAUGGUUGAGUGUCCUCAAGGGGGGGAGCGUGCAGGUGGCAGUUCUGAAUAGAAAUCUGUGCUGGAGGGAGGAAGAGGAAAAGGAGGAGGGGGGGAUGAAGGAUGUUGCUCAUAGCCAACCUCUCUCGUUCUCUCUCUCUCUCCUCCCUUUCCCACUCGCUCGCUCCAUCCUUUGCUGUGGUGCGUUCUCACGCACCCAGAAGAGUAACGCACUUGCUCUUCACGCACACUCAGCAUCCCGCUUUCCCUGCGUCGUCUCCGAAAGGGGGCGGGGGGUGGGAAGGGUACGGGGACCGGCCGAGCAUGGCGCUUUUUAAUUGCGAGGUGUACCGCCCGGCGCUCUGGAUGGACGCCACAAUGUGACGCUGACUGAGAGGACGGCCAUUUCAAAAGGAGGACGCGAUUUGCCCCAAAAGUUCCUGAUGAGAGUUCAACUGACAGAAGUUGAGUGACUAGCGGAAGAAUCCCAAAACAAGCGGAGAUGCUCUUAGGUGCGCUGUCCCACAACCAGGUCCACCCUCUCCUGGGUUCCCUGCAACUGUCGGCCCAAGCGAGCCUCCAGCCGCACAACCACUUGGAGCACUUCUUGCCCCUCAGGAUCAGCACCUCCUCGCCCCUCAGCCUUUUCCCAAAUUUCAACGUGAUGGAUCCCGUGCAAAAGGCAGUGAUCAACCACACCUUCGGCAUCGCCCCGCCUAAGAGAAGAGCCACUAUCACCUGUAAUAUUUGUCACCUGCGCUUUAACUCCACUAACCAGGCCGAGGCCCACUACAAAGGUCACAAGCACACUCGCAAGCUGAAGGCCAUGGAGACCCAGAGGAACCGGCAGAAGAACAAGCCCAAGCCAGCCGCAGCGGAGAAAGAGAAGGGGACGGCGGGAGGAAGUGACACGCAAACAGACUUGAAUUUAAACGACACAACAGAUUUAUCAAGCACAACGGCACAAGUGGAAAAACGCCACGGGAGUUCCCCAGUCCCCGCCGCCCCCACUACAGACUCCUCUACAAACCAAUCUCCUCAACUGUCCCAGCAAUUCCCUCACAGCCCGCCGCUUCCCAAUCUAACACAAGAGGAGACACCUUUAGAAGGCCGCGGAAUACCUCCCGCUUCGGCAGAACCACUCGACGCUCAAGGGCAUCCUGUUGUCAAGGAAGAAGACAAGGAGGGGGUUGGGGCGGUGGAGGAUAAGGAAGGCAACAAAAAACAGCUCCAUUGUCCCACUUGCAAAGUGACGGUGAACUCCAGCUCCCAAUUGGAAGCUCAUUGUAGUGGUUCUAAACACAAGCAGAUGCUGCACAGCCCCAACAGCAGCCGCUCGCACCGCAGGCCGAAGAGGACAUCGUCGCCGAGACGCCCCUGCCGAAUAAUUAAGCAGCGGAUGGUCGGCAACAAGACCAAGUUGGUGACGGGUGUCACCGGCCAGCGUUUUCACUGUCAGCUGUGCCAAGUGGCCGUCAACUCUGAGUCACAGCUCAAACAGCACAUGAACAGCAGGAGACAUAAAGAGCAUUUGGCCGGGAAGCCUGUGAAGGUGAAGUCCAAAUUCACACCCUUUAAUAAACUGCAGCCCAGCACCGCAUUCGCGACAAAGCUGGCCUUGCAGAAGCAGCUGUCCAAGGCCCUGCCGGCAGGGUUGCUGACCAGCGCCCUCAACCCAGCUGCUCUGUGCACUCUGGCGUCCUCGCCGCUGGCAUUACGGCUGCCGCAGGGUCCCGCAGCCAUCGUCCACAGUCCGCUGAUAAGCCCCGCCCUCUUCAGGCCUGCCCCGGGACCCCUCAGGGCCACGCACCCGGCCAUUAUUUUCUCUCCUUAUUGACAAUGAGGACAAAAAUUUUACAUUUGACACAUCAUCGGUACAGUAUGCACACUGACCAAAAGUGCUACCUCGACUUAUGACAUUUACAAGUCUUUCGACUCAAGAUGUAAAUAAAUUAAUGAAUUCAUAAGUCAAGGAAUAACUAUGUGAGGACCAUGACUCAAGUGUUUGAGUGCAUGUUCCCUAGUAGGGGUCUAAAUCUUAUUGGAAGCCAUAAUAGUGAAUAUAUUUUGUUUUAUUUAUGAGAACAAUCUGCCAUUACACAAGAGUGGGCACGUGUUAAAACUUUUAUGUGAGCUCUCUAGUACUCUGGGAAAAACAGUAUCAUUCCUGGAUUAGGUUCCGUGUAUAAAUCACUUGUCUUACUGAUCAAAAACAGAAUUGUUUGGUCGUGAACAUCAAAUAUGUAAUGAACCCCGUUCCGUCUUUCUGUUUGUCUUUCGCUGACUUGUGCCAUAAUACAAAGCCAAGAACUUUCACUAUACUUGGUGAAUGUAGUUUGAUUUCAUCAAUUAAUAACAGUGGAAACUAUAUUGGACAUGAGCCAUUAAAGUAGGGAUGGGGAACCUUUUACCCCACAUUCUUCAAAUACUUUAAUUUUAUGUACUUUGAGAUGCUUUUUGUGUAACACGAAGACGCAGUGACAAAAAUUCUAUUUCAUGAGUCAUACCAAUCUGUAAAAUAUUUUUUAAUAGCUUUUUCCAUCCUGAGCACAAAAACUGCCGUAACUGUUCAUCAAGUGCAAUAAUGUAGGCUACUAUGAUAAAUGUGUUGAGUGUGUAUAAUGUAUUCAUUUGUAUGUAGUAUUAUUAUUACGUGGCUGUGGUUGUGUUCAUUUCCACUGCAUUGAAACAAUCACAAAAAUGUAUGCACUGGAAGUACUACAGUGCAAGUGGGCACAUGUAUAUUUUGGAAAUUAUUUGCUCAGAUCAGCCAUGGAAUUCUAAAAGUUUGUUCUAAGAUCAGUUGCCAAAGCAAUUAACCUCGCUAGCAUGUACUCUUGAGCCAAAAUGAAUAAUUAUAUGAUCGUAUUUUUGUUUUAAAAAAAUGCAGAUAAAUUGUUUUUUGGCUGUACUAAAUUUUCCUCCAAUUCUGUUGUGAGCCAAUAAAUAUGAAAAUAUUUCGUGU